CUGGUGUGAGCCAAGACUUAAGGCUUAGGCCAGUGAUCUUCCCUAUUCUUUGAGCAAGGGCCACUUUGGCAAGAAGCCUUGGACGUGAGAGCCAUUUCCCACUGUGCUGACCUCCGCACAGGACUGUGCUGUUCUCAGUGCUGGGAAGGCCCUUCAAGAGAGACGCAGGAGCCCUUGUGUAAGAGCUGUAGGACGAGAGCUCUCGAAGGGCUAUGCUUGCCAGCACUCUGGGCACGCCAGCCAAGGGGGCUCCGUUUCCCUGGGUUGCUCAGCCCCCCUGAUGCUGGGCAAAGCACAGCAUUGCACGGUGGGAAUGGCCAUCUCCCCCUAGUCCCAGGGGACUAUGCAGAGUUUUCGGCUUUGGCUGAAGCUUCCCACGGGCCCAAUGACUAAUUCGUCAGGGAGCCACUCCUAGGGUUGACGAGGACUGCCACUGCUGAGACGGUGAUGGAUUCCAAAUGCACCCGGAGGAGCAAACUCCCGCUCGCCUUCCUGGGAGUGCAUUCCAGAGCAGGUGUUUCAAGCCCAGCCUCUUGCUGGAGCCCCAGAGUGUGGCUUUGGGCAAGUCACUAACCCUGCUCCAACGUUCGGCUGUGCAGCUGUACAGAUAGAUGUCUGUACACACGUACGUGUUUUUGUGUGAAUGACAGUGCCUGCCUUCAUGGUUGGAAGUGAACCUGAGUACAGGCCCUUCCAAAACAUGGUGCAGAGAGGAAGUGUAGUUCUGUACCUGCGUUCAGCAUAACAUGUGAAUGACAGUACGUGUGUACAAGUCUGCAUCUGUGUACAGUGCACACUGGUCAUAGGAGUGCUGAACAUAACAUGUGAAUGGGGCUACUGUCUCCCUCAAAUUCUGAUGAUAUCCUGCCCACCUCACAGGGUUGUUGCGAAGACCGAGGUAGGAGAUCUGUUGGGAAAUCAGUUGGGGAAACUGUUGUCUUCUCCUGUGAAAAGCCUGCAAAGCUGUUGGGACAACACUGAAGUGGGCAGUGAAAGAGCAGGAUGCCCCCCACCCCCGCCCACAAACACAUGCACAAUUCCAGUCACUUCCUCUCCCCCGGGAUGCAACCCUUGAAAGACCUCUCUAUGUUUCAAUGGAAAGUUGCAUGCUUGGUCAGUGUUUGUUUCUACGGUUGCUAAGGGCCAGCCAGCUUGAGACAGCUGUUGGGGAAAGGAUUUUUCUGGUGGCAGAGAUAAUUUGUCUUUGGGAAAAUCCAAGUCUUCAUAGGGACAGACUAAUAGCCUACACAGUGACCUUCGGCUGCCCCAUCGCCUCCUCUGCUCUCUGCUUUGCCCAGCAAAGAUCUUUCUGAGAAAUGCAAAUCCUUCUGCGUGGGUAACCUUUGCAGCGCCCUUCAGCUUUUUUUUAAAAAGGACUUUCAGCAAGAGAGACUGAAGGCCCACUUUCUGGAAGGAUACAGAAAUAGCAACAAUACCAGCACAAGCACCUCAUUCAGCUGUGAGUGUCUCCCUCCCCUUGCACUUUUGUAAAUAUGCAGUCCGAGGAAGAGUUCUGCAUAUCUUGAAAGCUUGCAUACUGUGCAGUGAAUAUUGGGCCCCAUAAAGCUGUGGGCGUCUGUUCUAAUGGACCAAGCAAAGCUGCCUGUUUCAGCCCUGCAAGAGGAUUCAGAAUGCCUCCUUCCAACCAUGCUUACAAAGAUGUAUGUAUAAAACUGCAGUCAAAUAACUGCAAAAGGUUAUUUCAUGACCUUUUAAAUCAUAACUUUAUGAUUGGAAAUUGGAACAGGAAGAUUAGUACUGUACAACCUAGAAUUGCCAAGUUGUAAUCUCCACCACACAGUCAGCCUGUCGCUUUAGGGGUUCCCAACCUUGGUUCCCCAGAUGCUGAACUACAUCAUCUCCUGACAAUAUCUGCAUGGCUGGGGAUGAUGGAAGUUGUAGUCCAUCAUCAUCUGGGGACCUGAGGUUGGGAACCCCUCUGCCGAAGUCUAACAUGCCUUAAGUGCCUUGGCCUGUCCAAAUCCAGAAACUGCCACCCAAUUUCCGGUUUGCCUCCAAAUGUCUGAAAUCUGAUCAGGGAGGAGAGCUGGUCUUGUGGUAGCAAGCAUGGAUUGUCCUAAGGGCUAAGCAGAGUCUGCCCUGGUUUGCAUUUGAAUGGGAGACUACAUGUGAGCACUGUAAGAGAUUCCCCUAGUUCCCUCCCUGGCAGCAUCUCCAAGAUCGGGCUGAGAGAGACUCCUGCCUGCAAUCUUGGAGAAGCUGCUGCCAGUCUGGGUAGACAAUACUGAGCGAGAUGGACCAAGGGCCUGACUCAGCCACUCUGUGAAGACCAAAGGCUCUCACCCAAAAGGUCCCAGGCACUUCCAAUUCAGUUUGUGAAAAGAGACAGCCUGAUCAUUUUCUCACCGGUUGUCCCCCCCCAUCUGCUGCAGAGAAAGAAAAGGAAGCAAUAUGCGCUCAUUGGACGUUGUGAAAUGUAUAUUUCUAUAGACAUUUACAUAUACAGUAUACUUGUGUGUGUGCGUGUGUGCGGACACACACACCCACACCCCACUUUGAGAACUUCUUUGCUGAAGUGGCAUAUAAGUAUUUAAUAAUUUCAACAAUAAUACUUUUUCGGCUUUGCACAAGAUCUGCAUAGUAUAAUGUUGUUAUUCUCUUCCUGCAGUCAUUUCAACGAAUAUAACGUGUAGCUUUAAAGCACGAAGUGGAAGCACGUGUGAAAAAGGUUAUUGAGCUCCUCCCCCCCGCACUUCGGAGGAAUGGUUCCUUCCGACCACUUACUUUCAUUUUCUCUCUCCACCCCCCGCACUUUCCCCGGAAUGGUUUAUCUCGGCGGGUCGUCAUCACCCGCGCAUGCGCGCUGGGCGCACCCGGACACCACCUUCACGGGCACACGAUGGGCUCCGAGCAAGAGGCGCGGGAGCAGAAGCUGCGCCUGGUCCGCGAACGGAUCCGAGGUUUCCCGGACUUCCCCUCGCCCGGGGUGCUCUUCCGUGAUAUAAGCCCGCUGUUGAAGGAUCCUGUCGCGUUUGCAGCGGCAAUUGACCUCCUGGAAGCCUGCGUCAAGGCCAAGCACCCAAAGAUAGAUUACGUGGCAGGUCUGGAUUCUCGCGGCUUCCUCUUCGGACCACUUUUGGCGCAGCGCCUGGGGGUCGGGUUCGUGCUAAUACGGAAGAAGGGGAAGCUACCGGGGCCCACCGAAUCUGUCUCCUACACUCUUGAAUAUGGCAAGGCAGAACUUGAAGUCCAGUGCGAUGCCGUGGAACCGGGCCAGAAAGUGGUCAUAAUUGAUGAUCUACUUGCCACAGGAGGUACUAUGCGAGCUGCAUGUGAGCUGAUGUCCAAGCUGAAGGCCGACAUUCUGGACUGCGUGGUGCUGACCGAGUUGACCUUUCUCAAAGGAGCAGAAGCACUUAAGCCCUUUCCCUUCAGCUCUCUCUUGCAGUACGACUGAGACCCAGGAGGGCCUUGCUUUGCUUCGCUCUGGUCAAUUUAUCUUCCUCCCCCGCCGUGUGGCAGGAACCUGCAAGCGUCAGCCCUGCCGUACCAAAUUCUCACCUUUACUUACUCUACAAGGAAACGGGCUGCGACCCUUGAUCUCUGCGUGUCACUGCUGAGCUGUGCUGUACUGCAGUUAGACGAGGAAAGGUUCAUGGGCUGAAAGGCUUUGGGGAGCGGGUCACUUCAAAAGGACCCAAACCACCUUGGAUUGCUGCUGCCAAGUAGCUGUUGAGCUCAGUGCAGGAUGGUUAAUUAGUCCCUGCAGAGCAUCAGAGUGGGGAACCCCUCGCCAAAGCGUAAACUCAAGUGCUGGCUGCCGCUAUAUCAGUGUCCAACUCAGUUCUUGGAAGCCCAACCAGCUGGAGCCCUAAUUAUAUUAGGAGGGAAGUGAUUGGAUUCCAGCCAAUAAGCCUUUUACAGGUCAAGUCUUGGUUGGAUUAACGACUGCAUCAUAUGCUAUGGCCACGUGUAACCCUGUGCUGUGUUUUGGUAGGCUAGCGAGCCUUCUCUCGGCACUGGAGUGAAAGGGUCUCUUGACCAUCCUAGAUUCAAACCAGCUGCUAAGAAGUCCCCCUCCCCUCCCCUCCCAGAAGUUAAGAGGAAUGAAGGCUCAGCAAUCGGAUACAGACCCGUCAGCCACGGUACAGCCCAUCCAGCAACACAAUCUUGGAAUGCUUCAAACGAAAUUCAUCUCUUACUUGUGCAGAACUUUUAUCGCUCUUAGUAAAUCCAUCAGAAACAGGACCUGAGCAAUAAUAGCCUUGUUAACACAAGGAGAGCCAAGGUUCGAAUCGAGGCCAACAGCAUUUCCUCUUCCUAAAUUCUUUAGUCCAGUAUUGUCUGCCAAAGGAACACACCCCUGCACAGCAGCAUUCCCUAGUAGGCAGAGGCUCUCCAAAGGCACUCUGCCUCCGUACUGUAAGGAUAGGAUUGAAAUGCAUCUGCCUCCUGCGUAGCCUCUUCAGUUUUGCAAUAAAUACACUGUGCAGUUUUAUAGAC